ACAGCGAUGGCCGCAGACGAAGGAGGCGGAGAACAGGAGAACAACAUGGGGAACCACUUGCAGCUUAUUCCCGCAGAGAGUGAGGAAGAAGAUGAUAUUGACAUGGAAGUUGAAGAUCCAGACAGCACUGACGCUGAAAAGCCAAACAUCAUUAAUUUUGACACUAGUCUGCCAACGUCACACGUGUAUUUAGGAUCUAACAUGGAAGAGUUUCAUGGGAGGACUGUUCAUGAUGAUGACAGUUGCCAGACGAUUCCAGUCUUGCCCCAUGUGAUGGUGAUGUUGAUUCCUGGACAGACGUUGCCUCUGCAGCUGUUUCACCCACAAGAGGUCAGCAUGGUGCGGAAUUUAAUACAGAAAGACAGAACCUUUGCUGUUCUUGCAUACAGCAAUGUACUUGAAAGAGAAGCACAUUUUGGAACAACUGCUGAAAUUUAUGCCUACUGUGAGGAACGGGAGUAUGGAAUUGAAACUGUUAAAGUAAAAGCAAUAGGAAGACAGAGGUUCAAGGUGCUCGAAAUAAGAACUCAAUCAGAUGGAAUCCAGCAGGCAAAAGUACAAAUCCUUCCUGAGCGAGUACUGCCUUCAACGAUGUUGGCAGUGCAGCUGGAAUCUCGCAACAGAUGCCACAUAUUCCCUUCUUCCAAGCCUACAGCGUGGCAGGAUCAGCAUGUACAUCAAUGGCGACAGAAAUAUCAAAAGCGCAAGUUCCACUGUGCUAGUCUGACUUCUUGGCCACCUUGGCUGUAUUCCUUAUAUGAUGCGGAAACCUUGAUGGAGAGAGUCAAACAGCAACUGCACGAGUGGGAUGAAAAUCUUAAAGAUGAAUCGCUUCCAUCAAAUCCAAUAGAUUUUUCAUACAGGGUUGCAGCUUGUCUGCCCAUUGAUGAUGCAUUACGAAUUCAGCUCCUUAAAAUUGGUAGUGCUAUUCAACGACUUCGAUGUGAGCUAGAUAUUAUGAACAAAUGUACAUCCCUAUGUUGUAAGAGCUGUCUGGACACAGAAAUAACAACAAAAAAUGAAAUAUUCAGUUUGUCCUUGUGUGGACCUAUGGCUGCAUAUGUGAAUCCACAUGGCUACGUGCAUGAGACCCUUACUGUAUACAAAGCCUGCAACCUGAAUCUGAGUGGCAGAUCUUCCACAGAACACAGCUGGUUUCCUGGGUAUGCGUGGACAAUUGCCCAGUGUAGGAUCUGUAGAAGCCAUAUUGGUUGGAAGUUUACUGCAACAAGGAAGGAUAUGUCACCUCAAAGAUUCUGGGGACUGACCCGUUCUGCCCUGGUGCCAAGGAUUCCAGAAACAGAAGAUGAAUCAGGCCAAGAAAAAUCACCCUUGCUUUGCUUAUGACUCCGUAUUUUUGGAUGAACUAGAAGCAGAUGACGUCUCCUAAAUUAAUCUGCUAAGUGCUGCAUAUGUUUGAUUAUAUAUUUAAAAAAAUCAGUAUAUUUGAGCUUCAGCAGCGGAAAGAUACUAUUGUUUCCAAAGGCAAUGAAAAGUUUAAUAUUUGAAUUUGGACUUCUGAAUGAAAAAAGCACUAAAUGUGAGAGUACAUACAAGAAAAGCAGAUAGCUUUCAGAAUUUCUGGCAGGCGUUGACGAUUGGGCAGCUUAUACCUGCUCUGUAAUUAUGUAAGAAGACACAAAUUGCUGAUGAGGAGAUAAGACUGUUUAAAAUUUCUUGAUUGGGAGUGAGGACAAUGUGUAAUUCAACUUGUGUAUAAUGAUAGACAUGCCCGAUUGCCUGCUGUUCUGAGGUAUUUGCUUAUAGAACGUAGUGAAUGUAUAUGAAUCCCCAUUUCCUAAUGGAGUGAAAUAGCUUACAGGUGUUAGGGUUCUGCCUGAAUAAGCCUUAAAUAAUGGUGAGAUCUAAACCUCCUUUUGGGGCUCAUGGGAUAGUAACAUUUGACUCAGAUGGAUGUUACUUGAAAAGCAAGUGCUGAAACCACCUGCUGAAGGAGCUAUUAUAUGCAACUCCUUUGUAAAGAAUUGCUAUAGAAUUGUUCUUGUUCUAUCCUUUUAUCUGAUUCCACUUGGUUGACAUGUUUUGAUGUAUUAAUUUAAAAAAAAAAUGGAAAUACAAGUUAUUAAUCCAAGACCCCAGGAUAAAGUACAUGGGUUUUGUUUAUUAAUACAUUUAGUGCAUUUCAGUCAGUCAUAAAUAUUUCCACUUGAUCACUCAUACCCGAGGCAUUAUGUGUCUUUGUAUACAUGCUUAAGAUUUGUGGAGCCCUUGGUAGAGUUGCUGCUCAAUAACAUAUGUUUGGCAUUGGAAGAAAGCAGCUGUCUUAACUAUCUUCUAACAUUGUCCAUGCUAUGAAAAAGGUUGCCAAAAUAGUAUUUUUUUUUGCUGAUUUAUUUUCCCAGAAUGCACUUUGACAGUGUUUGCAAAUGGCAGGUCUUUCUUGCAGAUAUAUGAUUAUGGUUGCCCCCAGCACUGUUUCUUUCCCUCUUCAUCUGUUCAUUGUACAUUGUAGAGAUCUUGUUAAAUGUUAAUAAUAAUUUUGUUGAAGUAAAACACUGUAAAAAUCA